UUUGAAGUUUUUAUGACAUGUAAUUAUUCUUAUCGAAUUAUUUACUUUUUACUCGUGUUUAUUUUAUACUUGUUAAAAUGUUAAUUCCAACCUGCGUUAUUAAAUUUUUAGAAUUGAUGCUGGCCGUUGCCUGCCUCACCCUGCACCACUAUAGUUACGAUUUAACAGAUAUUCCUACGCUAAUGCUCUGCUCUGGGACUUAUGUGGGCUACGUUGUUGUGCUCUCAGGAGAAAUUGUCGGAGAGAUGUUGUUCGCACCGCUGGACCUAGUACAGGACAUGUAUUUCGGUAUCCUGGGAGUGGGGCUAUACUCGGUGAGCGGAGGCAUGGUCCUAGCGGCCAGGACUCAUGAUCCCUCCUACCCUAGGACCGGCAACCAUACAGCGGCUCUAGUCGCAGCGGCACUCGCCCUCGUCAACGCUUUUGUUAUGCUAUUCGAUUUAAGCUUAGCCUAUCUGGACUCUGAGGAAUUUGACGAUGAAGCUAGUAUUUAGGUGAAGUGGUAUCAGCGGCAGCGGACCCGUACGUGGAGGCAUGGUGGUCUGGCGCAGGCGGCGUUCUGUUCGGAGCUUGUGGCGCGC